GACUGUUGUUUUUAGUAGACGCGAUAAGCUGAGCCACCGUGGUCGAAACAAAUGCGCGUCCACACGUCACGUUAUUAGUUUAUUAUUUGUUCUUUGACGGAAAAAGGAUUUCAGUUUGUACAGAGGCCGGGACAACCAGACCUAUCCGGCCUCGCUUCGCUCGGCCGGUCUAUAUGUCUUCGGCCGGCAACCCCAUUUCCCGCCGAGAGAGAAGCACCAACACCGCCGAAAGAUGUCGGCGUUUAACGUUGUGUUGGGGUGCGUGAUGGCGCUGCUGAUAAUCUUGUUCACAACGAGCGCCAUCGCCAGAUAUUAUAUUAAGUUUGUUAUAUUUGUGGUCGCUGCGGUUAUAUUUUCGACAGCUCCAUUGCCUCUAAUGCUGUUUAGACCGUUCAACCCGAAAAAUGCUUUAAUUCCAGCAGCUCUUCUAAGAUGGACAGCAAGGUUACUCCUUGGCAUCCGUUUCGAAGUGCGAGGUCUGGAGAACAUUGAUAACUCGAGGGGCACGGUGGUCCUACUAAAUCACCAGAGCUGCCUUGAUCUUUAUGUGUUGGCGGUCCUGUGGCCGCUGAUGGCCCGUUGUACGGUCAUCUCCAAGAGGACUAUGCAGUAUUUGGUGCCGUUUGGCACCGCUGCCUGGAUGUGGGGGACGGUGUUCAUCGACCGGGGUUCGCGUUCGGCGCACGACGCCCUUAAUGUGCAAGCAAUGGCUGUCAAGGAACAGAAGCGUAAACUGCUCCUGUUCCCCGAGGGCACACGGCACAGCGGCGACAAGCUGCUGCCCUUCCGAAAGGGAGCGUUCCACGUGGCCAUGGACGCCGGAGCGCCCAUACAGCCGGUGGUCGCCUCGAAGUACCACUUCCUGGAUGACAAGCGGCACAAGUUUGGUUCAGGAGACGUCAUCGUAACGAUACUGCCGAUGGUUGAAACGAGCGGCAUGACCAAAGAUGACCUCGCGUCCAUAAUAGAAAAGACUCAAGUUCAAAUGCAAGAAACGUUCACGAGGACGUCGGCAGAGACGCUAGCUCGGCACACAUCGAGGCAACAUGCUAAUUAAAUAUAUGGGAGUUUGUUAGUUGGGUUAGGUACCUAAUAUUUCUACAAGAGCGCCAAAGCUGUGAUAGCAUGAACAUUUAUCUUCAGGUCAUGUUAGGGUUAUACAGUAGGGUAAAUUUAAGUAUUGUGAUAACUAAUCUUAUUAAUAUAAAUUGAAAAUA